AUGCAACCAUUUUUUGCGCAAUUUGGUAUGGAGUUCCGACAAUUAAUCUCUGAAGAUCCUAAUUUAUUCAGCACAAGCUUUAGCGAUUUGUAUUUUAGUUAUUCAUUGAUUAGUUUCCAAUCAUUCGACAGUGAUAUAUCGAUUUAGUUUGCCAAUUAAUCGCCGCCAAUUAUUCAUAUUGAAAACUCAGGAAUAUAAAUGAUAUCCAUCAUUAGAAAUGAAGGAAGAAACGGGUAAUGUUUACAUUUGAAACUAGGCAAAAAAAGUAGAUUUAAGAGAUGUACACAAGAUUAAGAAAGUAUGAUAUAUAAAACAAUGAAUUGAAUAAAAGCGAACCUCAUAUAAAAAUAACCGUAAUAAAAAACUAAAAUCUAUUAAACCCUACUUACUAAAUUGAACACUACAUUAAUUAAUUUGGGUAAUUAAGUUUUACAAAUAAAGUAUGAUAGGUUCAAUAAAAAAUGCAGAUUCAGAAGAUGUUAUUAUUGGUAGACAAGAGAAAUUGGAAAAUUAUUAAGGUUAAUUGAUAUUUCCAAAUGACAUAAGUAUAUACAAAAAUAAUUCUAGUUUUAAGAGAAACUGAGAGGUUGAUUUCCAGAAUCCAUUGCAAAAUAAUCUUUAGAAACUUUUUUAGAAAGGAAACCUAAAUAUUGCCAUUGUAUUAACAAACCUUAAAUUAAUUAAGAAUGCCUUAUAAUAUAAUUUAGAGAAUUUCAUAAUUUCUAGAGUAUUAUAAUUUUAUAUUUCAGGGAACCUAAGGAUUGUUAUGUGUAAGAUAUUGGUAGUGUUUUUGGAACACACAUCAAAAUCGAUAGAAACUAUUAAAAAAUGAAAAAAUAUCAAUAAUAUAGUAUUGGGAGUGAAACUACAAUUCAGAUUCUUGAAAUUCAUAAUUUAGGAUCUGAAUAAAAGCCAAGGGAUGUAGAAUUUGAUAAAUUGAUAUAAAAAUUAAGAAAUAUCAAAUACAAAUGUUCAUUGUAGGGAUUAGAUCUAAAGCUGUAUGAAAGAUCAUUGCAGGUAGAUUCAAGUUUUGAUUAAAUACUAACAAGUCUAAAAUGUUAUAAUAUUCCAUUUAUUAUGAUUAAAUUUGGAGGAUCUGGAGUUACUGACACUAAUUAGAAUAUCUUUUUUGCUAAAGACAUUUCUAGUGUAUUUUCAAUAGGAAGAGGAAAUGACAAUAAUAUCAGAAUCAAUUCAAAUACAAUAUCUAGGAAGUAGACAAGAUUUAGAUUUAAUAGAAAGUAUAUAUUUUAGAAAAUAUUUAAAGAGAGAAUAAUUGGGAGAUUGCUGAUGGAAGUUAAGAUAAAGAUUCAGCAAAUGGAACAUGGAUGUAAUUGUAAACAAUCCAAGAAAGAGAAUAAAAGCUUGGAUCAUAAGUCCAUCCUUUGAAGCAUUUAUCAGAAAUCAAAAUAAGUGAUUAUACUUUGAAAGUCGAACUUUUCAAGGGAAAGUAUAUUUUAGUUUAUAAAUUUAGCGAGAAAGAACAAGCUAGAUUUGAUAUUAUGAAAUCCUUGUUGUGA